CGUAUUAUACAAGGUCAUCGGCUCCUUCCACCAGAAUGAAAUCUUGAAAGAGUACGGAAUGACAGAAAGCACAGUGAAAUGAAAACAAAAAAGUGCAUAAAACGGAAAAAUGAAAUUAAAAACAGACAGAAAAGUUAAUAAAAACGAAAAGGUGAAAUAAGAACGAAAAAGUGAAUAACAACCAAAAAGUGAAAUUAAAAACGGAAAGUGAAUAAAUACGAAAAAGUUUAAUAGGAACGAAAAAGUGAAUGAAAACGAACAAGUGAAAUUAAAAACGGAAAGUGAAUAAAUACGAAAAAGUUAAAUAGGAACGAAAAAGUGAAUGAAAACGAAAAAGUGAAAUUAAAAAGGAAAGUGAAUAAAUACGAAAAAGUUAAACAGGAACGAAAAAGUGAAUGAAAACGAAGAAGUGAAAUUAAAAACGAAAAAGUGAAUAAAAACGAAGUUGAAUAAAAACGAAAAUGUGCAUAAAAUGGAAGAGUGAUUAAAAAGGAAAAGUGAAAAAAAAAAACGGAAAAGUUAAUCAAAUUUAAAAAGUGAAUACUAGAGGCAAAAGUGAAUAAAAACGAAAAGUGAAUAACAAUGAAAAAACUAAGAACGAAAAAAAAUGAAAUAAGAAAAAGUUCAUAAGCAAAAGUUAAUAAAAACGAAAAAGUGAGGCAAAAACGAAAAUGUGAAUAAAGACAAGAUAGUGCAUAAAACGAAAAAGGGAAAUAAGAUGUCUUCGCUCAUUUUAUUCAAUAACAUAAUGGUGCGGACUGGCAGCUUCCUGGUGCUUUUAUGGAGUCUCUGCACGUGGCAAGUUUGGGCAUCACCACCUGAAUGUGACGUUGAAGGGCUGAGAUGUGAGAUCAUCUGCUCCUUUCCUGACCUGACACUCCAUUGUACCCGAUGUCUUAACAGGCGGCCAAUGAGGUUCGGAAAAAGGUCGAAGAGAAGUUCCAAGAGAAAAGAAGAGUUCCCAGAAUAUCCAGCAGCUUGGGAAUUACCUUUUGCUAAUCUGGAAGAAUCUCCUCUUCGCCAGCUCUAUGACUCGGAUGACACCUCAUCCAUGGCAGAGCGGAUACCGGGAGGAUGGCGUCCAGAAUCGAAGAUGGGUUUGGAAACUACCGAGGUAAAAGGACUAAUUCCAGAUCACAUUCCUAAGGGGAAAUACCCUAGGAAAUAUACCUUCCUGUCGGAUCACCAAAGGAACAAGAGGAAACAGCAUAGGGAUUUUCCUGGAAGGUUUCCUUUUCCAUACCCUCAAACCUCCUUUCACGGACAGUUGCCGGACACUAUCUCAACUGUCUGGUCUUCUUUGAAUGAAAAACUGGUGCAACACAAGCAAGGUUUCACAAAAGCAAAAUCUAGCAGUGAUGACAAUGAAAAUCGUUUCACCAGGAAAGGGUACGCAAAUACGCUAAGUCCAGUUAUGAGAGGUUUCAGUUCACUGACGCCACGGGCCCUAGAGGCCUUGGACCAGAAAUUUGAAGGAUCUCCCUUCAGUCUGAAUAGAAAAGAGAAGCGGAUCACUGACACCCCCAAAGGAUACUUUCCAAUAGCCAAACGAUCCAAAAGAUCUGUCCAGGAAGUUAUGGAAGACCUCAUGUUUCUUCUCGGCCUGGAGGAACUGCCCGUCGACCCCAGGUUAUACGGAUGUCAGGAGGUCAUCCUGCCAGUGUCCAGUGACUCCUACAUAGUUCUUAAUGCAAAGAAGUGAAGUGUGGAUCGGGGCAUUAACAGUAAUAUAUUUUUAAAAAAUAUAAAUAAAAAAUGAUUUAUAGUAGGGAAGCUCUGAUUCUUUCAUAUGUAUAGGCAUUUUGAAAUAACAUAUUCUUGAAUGGGAACAUCCUGAGUCCAAGACAACUGAAUUUUAUUUUAAUUUCAGAAAACCUAAUUUAUUAUUAUUACUAUCAUUAUAAAACUUAAAACAUUAAAUCACCUGCUAAGCCUUUCACGUACAGUAUGCAAAGGUACACAGCUAUUCCUCGAAGACAUAAAGCUUUAAGUGCGGUAUUUAUAUUCGGCAAAAGCAAGAAAAAGUAGAGGAUUUUAAUCUAUACAUCCCUUAAAGCCUUGUCAAAGAUAAGCAGUGAGAUCAAAAGAGAGUUACAGAAUAUCUAAAAACUAACGGAGUUUCAUAAGCAGAGAUACAAAUACAAAAGAAAUGAGAAACUCGUCAAGUAGUUUGAUCUGUGUUUAAAAGCGAUCAUCACCUGACUCGGGCCCCCAACCCCAUUCGUUUCGCGUCUCAUUGUGGCCGACUGCCUAACUUUGCAGAAUUCCUAAACUAGUUUCAAUGACGAGCGUCGCUUUAUUACAAGCUAGGAACGUUACUCGACUUUCAACCUUCUCUCUUUCUUUUUUUUUUUUUAAAUGCAACAUUCCCUUUCUUCUACCGCGCUUUCCGAUUUAUAUAACCUGCAUAAGAGGCAGGUCCCGGUCACCCAAUUCGUGAUGUUUACCGACAGGAUAUUUUCAAUCAAAGACUGAGCGUUAUUAGGUAUAUUUUGUUCGCGUCGGUAUCUUUAUGGUAAAAAAAAAAGUAUGAGACAAAAAGACCCCUCUUGACCUGGGGAAUCCUAGAAUGACCGUUACUGGCGACAAAAGACUGCCAUACUUCAAAAAGAAGCAAACAUUCAUGAGAAACCAAGCAGGACGUGAUGCUUAUGAUAAUGUAGAGAAAACAAAUUACAGUACGAUACCGUGCGCGCUCGCGUGCGUGUGUGUGUGUGUGUGUGUGAGAGAGAGAGAGAGAGAGCGA